CCCUGGAGGAUGUGAAUGGGGAGGGGGCACCCGCCCCCUUCCCCCACCCUUCCCUUUUGCUGGGCAGGGGUGGGGGGAGGGGCCGGGCUGAGGCUGCAGCCGCGGCGCUCCGGGAGGGCAGGGCCAGGCAAGGGCGGGACUGGCCCAAGGCAGGCGAUCUGGAGAGCCUUGAAGCUAACGGGUCCGGGCGCGGGAGGCGGCGGCGGCGGCGGCAGCGGCGGCGGCAGCAGCUUUCUGCACGGGCGGAGGCGGCGGCAGGAGCGGCAGGCAUGGCCCGCGCGGCGCCCAGCGCAGACUGAGGGUCAUGCUGUGGCAACCUGGCGCCUGACAGGUGAGGAAGAGCCUGCCAGGGGAUUAGCGCUGGCAGGAGCCAAGGGCUGGACAGCCUCCUCACACACCGGAAGCAGGGGUGGGCAGGACAGCUGCCUUGCCAAGGCCAGCAGUCCCAGGAAGGAGUCUGCUGACCCACAUGGCUUAGAGGCAGCACUUUGCUGAGCAGCAGCUGGUCCCAGCUCCAGAGGACCCCCGCCCCCGCCCCCCCAGCAGGAGUAGGUGCUCUGUGACCCCCCUGGGCAACGAUAACCAGGAGAGAGGACCAACCGCCCAGGCUGAUGGGAAGCAGCAGAACAGAAGCCGUGGAGGGAGAGGAGGGCCUCGGUUUUUACGGCAGCUUCCUGAUGCCCAUGAAGAUCAUUGGUUUUCUGGAGGGCCUGGAGGGCCUGCGAGCGUGAAGAGGACUCUUGCAUGGAAUGCAGGCCCCCUGAAGCCCGCGUCCUCGCUGCCACCGCCGCCGAGAUCAGAGUUCCAGGACUUCCCCACUGCCGGGGAGGAGGGGCAGCCUCAGUGUCUGCUCAUGAGCCACAAGGACCCCGACUGCUCCAGACUGGACCUUUUCAAGCCGCCAAAGAGGGGAGUCCCUGGAGCUGGCCGCCAGCAGUCACAAGGGACUAGAGGGCUGGGAUGGACUGACCUCUGCCUUGACAGGGUGGCAGGAGAAGCAGAGCCUCUGUGGCCCAGCUAGUGACUGAGAGACCCGAUGAAGCCUUAAAAGAGGGGGGGCGGG